GUGUACAAGUUUUAGAGUACAAGUUUCUAUCCCCCAUUGUUUUUGGAUAAAUAAGAACAUGUAGAAGAACAUUUUAGAAUUUAUACAAAGAAUGAUCAAAUAUUCUUAUUAAAGACAAAGCAUUUGUGUUCCCGCUAUAUUAAAUCACUGAGCUAAAUGUGUACAGGUUUCUUUCUUUAAUUGUUUGUAAGAAGUAAUAUCUGUGAAACCUAACUAAACUGCCUUCUUGGUUGAAAGAAAUCCCUGGUGAAAAAAACCCAAAACAAUAGAAAUAGUAAUUCUAAUGGUUUCCACUACAAAUACCAUUACAAACCAUCAGCUAACCAUUAAAAUCAUUAUCAUUACCAUUACUGGUCCUUAAUGGUAUCCACUAGACAUAACAUGCCACCAAGAGAAGGCAACAAAUUACCAGUAGAGACCCACAGGGACUAUUACAGCUUCCAUUAAAACCAAUACAGCUCCCAUUAUAACUACUAAAACCAUUACAAUUCUGUGACAGAACAAUUCUUGUUUUAUUUUUCUUUCAGCAGGGAUGUAUUCAUUCUUAGCUUAUUCUUAGCUUAUUUCAGUCUUAGACAAUGCGCAUGCGCAUCAGAUUCUUUUACCUGCUCUACUCAGGAUCAGAGGUUGAAACACAGGUUCGGUCAUCCCCCGGUUAAUAAAUUUAAAAUAAUUAUCGCAAGUUUUAGGUCAACAGCUUGUGUGCAUGAUACAGAGGAGGUAACAGGGAUGUCCUCGAAAAGGUCAAAGAACGGCAGGGAUUCACCAGCUGAACCCAAAGUGCCACUUCGCCGCUGGGAAGAGGAGCAAGAUGAUGAUUACUGUGACCCUGACAAACUGCUUCUUUGCCCUUAUGACACUAAUCAUAAAAUCCGGGCAUGUCGCUUUCCCUACCAUCUCAUCAAGUGCAAGAAGAACAAUCCUCUGCUGGCCAGUCAACUGUGGACGUGCCCGUUUAAUGCUCGUCACCUUAUGCCCAAACACGAGCUGUCCCAUCACAUGUCUACCUGCGUGGAUAGGUGCUCUGUCAAUACUGACUAUGCGGUAACUGAUGAGACCCAGCGUAAAUUUCAGGUUCCUGUAAGCACCUGGACUAUUCCUGUGUGCGAUGAAGACUGGGACCAAGAGGAGGAAGAGUCAGGAACACCAGCAACACCAUUUGUCUGGGGAGUUUCAACCUCACCAUUCAGCCAAGACCGGGUAUUUAUUCUCAGGCCUGAGCCAGCUAUGACCCACAGCUUGACCCCCGGUGUCAGAGCCCCAAGAGUUCUUCCCUGGAAACUGGGCAUGUAACUGGGAAGUUCGAUUCUGCAAUGUGCUACACGGAUUUGCAGCUCCUAACUGAUGCUUCUUUAUUAUUACUGGUUUCAGACAUUUGCAUUAAGUUAAUAUCUUGCUGUUUAUCUAUUAAUAAAUAGCUGUUGAUAAAGCACAUUGGUUUGGUUAAUGCCACGCUAUAAGAAUCCUGUUUAGAAGGAGAAAUUACUUUCAGAUAAAUAAAGUUGAACCCUACUCAGUUAAGUAGGUUUAGUUCUUUACUUAGUUGUGCUUGGGAGGAUUUGUGCAGAAAAUAAGAAAAGUUGACAUCUAGGGCGCUGCUAUGGCCUUCUUUUGUAUUUGCAUGUUCCAUUAUUAUUAAUUACCUAUUUGUUUUCAAAUAAAACCUUUACGAUAA